AUGACAACUAAUUACAAUUUAUAUUCUAAUGAAGUUAUUAAACAAAACGAAAUGAUAGAAUCACUUGGUGAUAUAGCAAAUAGAAUACAUUCUAAUGUAAAUGCAAUUACAGAUGAACUUAAUGUACAUUCAGACUUAUUAGAUGAAAUUGAUGAAAAAACUCCUUUAGUUCAUGAUCAUGUAAAAAAGACACAAUCACAACUUAAAACUCUUUUAUUAAGAUCAGAAGAUAAAGUACGUUGGUCAUUAAUAUGUUGUUUAUGUUGUGUAUUGAUUAUUGUUAUAUUUCUUGCUAUAACGCUAUAA